AUACUACAUUUUACAUGGUACUGGGUACAUCGUGCGUGCAGUGCACUGGUACCUUGGAGAAUUGGUGUGGUUCAGAAGUGUUCAGUAAUGUGUAAUGGUGUGUAAGUAAGAAUGUGAUAUGUCAAGCGGUGACGUUGGACAACUGAAUUUUGAAGGUUAUCAGACGAUAGAAAAAUUCGAAUUUCAAUACUGAAAGAGAUCAAUCGGAGCAGCGCACUUCAUCGAUGCGACGAAGCGAAGGUUAGGUGAAGUUUACAGCGAUACAAUGGCUCAUGGCACGAUAUUACAGAAAGCCAUAGACCUAGUUACCAAAGCAACAGAGGAAGAUCGUAACAAAAAUUACGAAGAAGCGCUCAAGUUGUAUCAGCAUGCAGUUGAAUAUUUUUUGCAUUCUAUCAAAUACGAAGCACAAGGAGACAGAGCCAGAGAAAGUAUAAGGGCAAAAUGUACGCAAUACUUGGAAAGAGCCGAAAAAUUGAAAGCUUAUCUGAAGAAGGGUAAAAAGAAACCCGUGAAAGCUACCGAAGAUAAUUCUAAAGUCGAAGACAAGAAAAGCGAUAGCGGAGAUAGCGACACCGACAGCGAUCCUGAAAAGAAAAAACUUCAAAGCAAAUUGGAAGGAGCCAUAAUUAUAGAAAAGCCAGAUAUCAAAUGGAACGACGUUGCCGGUCUCGACGGAGCUAAGGAAGCUUUAAAGGAAGCUGUUAUUUUACCGAUACGUUUCCCACACCUGUUUACUGGAAAACGAAUUCCAUGGAAGGGUAUUUUAUUGUUUGGGCCACCGGGUACCGGGAAAUCAUAUCUAGCAAAGGCCGUGGCAACGGAAGCUAAUAACUCGACGUUCUUCUCUGUAUCAUCCUCCGACUUGGUAAGCAAGUGGCUAGGGGAGUCUGAAAAACUUGUAAAAAAUUUAUUCGAAUUAGCUCGUCAACACAAACCUAGCAUCAUAUUUAUCGAUGAGAUUGAUUCGCUGUGUUCGUCACGUUCCGACAAUGAAUCGGAAUCUGCGAGAAGAAUAAAAACAGAAUUCUUAGUUCAAAUGCAAGGUGUUGGAUCAGACAACGACGGCAUACUAGUGCUAGGAGCUACUAAUAUACCGUGGGUAUUGGAUUCCGCUAUCAGAAGAAGAUUCGAAAAGAGGAUUUACAUCCCUCUACCCGACGAGCAGGCUCGUGUUAUAAUGUUCAAACUUCAUUUAGGGAGUACUUCUCAUUGUUUAUCAGAGGAAGAUUUCAAGAAAUUAGCAGCGGCUACCGAUGGAUACUCAGGGGCUGACAUAAGUAUUAUUGUACGAGACGCGCUUAUGCAACCAGUUAGACAAGUCCAAACUGCAACGCACUUUAAACGCGUAAAAGGCCCAUCGCCAAAAGAUCCUACCGUUAUCGUGGACGAUUUACUUACACCGUGUUCACCUGGAGAUCCAGCUGCCAUCGAAAUGAACUGGAUGGAAGUUGAAGGUGAUAAAUUGUACGAACCACCCGUAACUAUGAAAGAUAUGAUGAAGUCAUUAGCAACUACGCGUCCUACGGUAAACGAGGAAGAUAUGACCAAAUUAGAAAAAUUCAAGGAAGAUUUUGGUCAAGAAGGUUGAUACUUGGACUUUUUCGAGGAAGUAGAUCGAUGUACACUUCCAGAAGUAUGUUUCAGUUACACGCGCUUGCCUUACAUCUUAUUUCAUUAUCGCCACUACUAUACAGUAUUUAUACAAAAACACUUGAACUCAGGUUCUUCUUUUCUUUUUCCUCUUUCUCUUUUUUCCGUUUUAACACUUGAUACACAAUAAAGAUAACAUUGUUAAGCUUAACGCUUAGUCGCGAAUAACUAUUUGUCAAAAUACAUAUAAAAGGCACAGAAUAAUCAUAUAUUUUGAAAUGAAAAAGUGUUAAAUUUACCGUUAUAUCAGUCGACGGAAAGACGAUAUUGUUUUUUAUUAAGAGAUGCGAGGAAGAAAUUAAAAUGUGGCUUGUAACGCGUAUAAUGACUCCCCGCGUGUUUCUAUAUUAUUAUAAUCAUCGCUAUAAUUGUACCUAACAAAUUAAUUGUACAAUACGUAGGCUUAAAAAGCAUUUCUGAAUGAUAUUUACUAUUAUAGGAUAGGUUAGCAAUUUAUUUGUAUAUUUUAUAAUUUUGAUCUUGCUUAGACAUUGCCGACACAUUGUCCACGAUCCCUAUAUUUCUUUCUUUCCUCGGAAAACUAAACUUACGAAUAAUCGUUUUAAAUGAUUCGUUGAAUUAAGUGAAUGCGAUUACACGUAGCAUGCGAUAAAUGUGUACGUGUAGUGUCGGGAAUAAGCAGAGAGAACUGUUUCUGUCAUGUAAAUUGUUUUUAUUGUUAACUAAAUAAAUAACAAACUGUACACGAUA